CAGUGACCGGCUCUGAGCGUUAUUGAACGACGCGACGCCGAAGCCGACGGUCGUUCCUGUUGUGUUGUUAUACCGCACAGGAAAAACACUAUGUUAUAUUAUUAUUAUUAUUAUUUUUAAUAUUAUUACCAUUUUUUAGCCGUGCUUUUAUUACAUGCCGUAGCCGUUCAGCGGUCUCUCUUCUGCCCGGUGCCUUAUUAGCCGUGAUUUCGGAUAGUGAUCUCGUGUGUUUGUGCGCGUUUGUUUACAUCAUCUCGACUGCCGUUACCACCGGCAACUGGUCAACUCCGGGAAAUUGUCCCUUAACGCGACAAGCUCGGAUUUUAGUGUGCACUUCAUUGUCAGCGUUGUUGCCAUGUAGUUGACGAUUUUGAAACAUAAAAGGAAACUAAAAAAAAAAAAAAUGAACUCGAUUACAUCGUUGUGCAUUUUUGCCUGUGCCGUGGCCAGUGUGGCUUCAAUAAAAUUUCCAUACAAGUCGUACUCUGGAAUCAAGGUCAGCCCAACUUCUUUGCGGAUGAUCUACUAUCACGAUGAAACCAUUGCAGUAGUCGAAGUCGGCAAAGGCAAAGAACUGGUCAACUGCGAACUCAUCGAGAUCUUUAACGAAGAACAUGGUAAAUUUCUGCUGAAAAAUUUGACAAGAAUAAACAAACCAUUGCGUAUCAACUUGCAACAAAUGAUGAAUCUAAUGGAACAAUGUGACCUAUUAGAUCCAGUUUUGGAUACUAACAUUAUAAAUGCAAACCUGCGAAUUUCCGAUGCCACUCCGGACCAAGGUUCGGAAAAUAGCGAAUCAACCACGCAAAGUUCAAUAUUUUUUGGAAUAUUUCCAGAUACAAAAUGGUGUGGUACCGGCGAUUUAGCGACUAAUUAUUUUGAUCUCGGUCCGCUAGUGAAAUUGGACGUGUGCUGUAGAGCGCACGAUUUAUGUCCUACAAAAGUCAGAGCACACUCCACAAAAUAUAACGUCACAAACGAUUCCAUGUUCACGAGAUCACAUUGCAAGUGUGACCAAAGGUUUUACAAUUGCCUGAAAAAAUCAAAGCAUCAAUCUGGUACUGUGAUAGGAAGAAUUUAUUUUAAUUUGGUUCGAGCGCCGUGCAUUGAUGGAGAUGUACCUGGCAAAAUGACAUUUAUAAACCCGCCUUCGUAUUAAGCUUGACAGAAGAAAAAAGAUAAACUUUAUGUAACUAAG